GAGCGAGGAUGACGUCACAACGGUUGAAAAUGGCGGCACAGGCGUCCUCGCUGCCGGCUUCGCUCGCGGGCAAGUAUAAGGGAUCCUUCGCGUAUGUUACAAUUACAGACAGGCUGCCUCUUAUCCUGACAAAAGUUAUUGAUACUCUACAUAGACACAAACAUGAAUUCUUUGAAGAAUUUGGAGAAAAAGGUCUUGAAGCAGAAAAGCAUGCUAUCUCUUGUCUUUCAAAGCUACGGAAUGAACUGCAGACAGACAAGCCAUUGACUAUCUUGAAAGAUAAUGGUCCUGACACUACACUGUGGAACCAGUAUUUAGAAUAUCAUAAAAAAUUAUCAAAUGAACCGCCAAGUUGGUUUCAAUCCCCUUGGUUAUAUACAGAAUGUUAUAUGUAUCGACGAAUUCAUGAAGCACUUGCUCUGAGUCCACCAAUCUGUGAUUAUGAUGUCUUCAAAGAAGAAAAGGAGCGUGCUUUCUUUGACUCUCAGGAAGCUAUUAUUAUUUUAAGUACUUAUGUUCAACAACUGUUGAAGAACAUACAGAAUCUAAAUGAAAAAAUGCUGAAAGAAGAAUUACUUAAACUAAUUCAGAUAUCAUUAUGGGGCAAUAAGUGUGACUUGUCAAUUUCUGGUGGGGCAGAUAAUUCUCAGAAGGCUAAUCCAUUACAGUCCAUGGAAGAGUUAAAAUCUUUUAUCUUGGUAGAUCACAUGGAAAAAGUGUGGUCAUUGCUUAUAAAUAUGAAGAGGAAAAAUACACAGACUACUAGGCUUGAUAUAAUCCUGGAUAAUGCUGGCUUUGAGCUUAUUGCUGACCUUGUAGUGGCUGACUUUUUAAUAUCCUCAGAAUUAGCUAAUGAAAUUCAUUUUCAUGGAAAAAGUAUGCCAUGGUAUGUGUCGGAUACUACAAAACGUGACAUGAAUUGGGCAAUUAAACAAAUGCAGUCAGCUAAUCACAAGUGGAUGUCUCGGUGUGGGGUCUCCUGGGAGGGUUAUAUGAAAAAAGGAAGUUGGAUUUAUCAUGAUCAUUUGUUCUGGACUUUGCCUCAUGAAUUUUCUAAUAUGGCUCAAGUUGCUCCUGACUUGUACACUGAGUUACAGAAGUCAGAUUUCAUUAUUUUCAAAGGGGAUUUGAACUAUAGGAAAUUAAUAGGUGACCGAAAAUGGGAAUUCACUGUGCCGUUCCAUCAAGCUUUGAACAAUUUUCACCCUGCUCCUCUCUGCAGCUUCAGAACGCUAAAGUGCGAUAUUCAGGUUGGGUUGAAACCAGGGCAGGGUGAACAGCUGACAAACACCGAACCUGAAUGGAUGAUCAUCGGGAAAUAUGGAAUAAUUCAGUUUGAUGCUUGAUGAGCAGGAUAUGCAUGCUAGCACUGGCCAAAUGCUAUUGGUGGCUAAAAGGUGGAAGACCACUUGCUUUAAGUGUGCAUGUUCUCUUCAAAAAUGUUCUCUUAUGGGUCUUCAAAAAUGAAUGUGCAAUUAUGACACUUUAUUUUCUGCUAUUUAUCUGAAAAUAAGAAAUAUGAUAAAAUUAAAUUAUUUUAAAAUAUUUUUAUGUGACAGAAGAGACAUCAGACAACAAGAGCCGUCUUAAUAAUUUACGUGCAUCUGGCAAUUGUUUGUUUUAACAUAUUCCUGGCUAACAAUUGUGCUAGUACAUAACUAUUACUUCAGCCUUUCUGCAACAGAAGUCUUAUUUUACAGUGGCUUGAAGUGAAAUUGUUGGUAAACUUUUUUAUCUUAAAUAAAUUGACUGAAAUGGUGUAUAUAAAAAGGCUUUGAAUAAUUUAUCUGGCAUGGGAGCUUUAUACAUUGUUCCCUAGUUCUUGAAAGAAGCCUGGGUGAUAAUAGAGCAUCCUUUCCUUUCUAAACCAUGCUAGGCAUUGCCAAAGAACCCAGAACUCAAGGCAAAUUACAAUCAAAAGCAGAACAUUUUCUUUAAUGACGAAUCUGUGGGAUAUAUCUUUUCAUUGCUGUCCAUACUGAGAAGCAUUCCCUACAAUGCCUGUUAAAAUGUUGUCUAGUUGCAUACUGAAUGCUGUUAUAUGAUCAAUCAACAAACCUUUAUAUCUUGUGGAUAACUUCAAUUUAGUUUAAUAAAUUGAAAAAGCACCUUGAUCAUUACCCAACAUUAUGUUUAAUGAACACUAUUUUAGAAACAUGGGUCAAAUCAAGUCAACUUUAUUUAUACCCCAUCCUAUCUUCCCUUGGGGACUCGGGGUGGGUAUGCACAAUUUUUCUAGAUUUUUCUAAACCUGAUUUAGAAAAAAAUGGUUAUGCUUUGCUAUAAUUGGUUAAUUCAUUUCCUGGACAAACCUGCAUUCAUCUGCCUCUUACUAUUUAUGCAGAAGACUUUAAAAAUAUUUUCUCCAUCUAAUUUAAAGAAGGACUAAAAAUCACUGAGAUUCAGUGUUAUGUGAAUGUAAAUAAAUUUACAUUUAUUCAGCUAUUUUGUUUUAAUGUAUAUUGUAAACCAUUUUAACUCCCAUAUUUGAAGAAGGCAGAAUAAAAUUUGAAUAAAUUUGCUAAGAUUUUUAGAGUAAUAAAUACAUUCAGAUCCUUUUCAGAUGUUUAAA